AUGUCAAUAUACAAACUGAUGAAGUGGCUGUCUCCAAGGGUUAUGGUUAGAACGGCAGCUUACAGACCUUCGGUAGUUGCUUCACGAAGUUACGCUGACAACCCUGAAAUUCCAUCUUCUACUAAACGUGCUGUGGGGACUUUAAAAGAGGAACGUGUACGUGUGCGUCGCGCCCGACCAGCUGAUACUCCGAGGGUGCUGCGAUUUGUGAAGGAACACGCAGCUACCGCCUGGCCAGGUGUUGCAACUCAUCAUUCACAGAAUGUCGUUCUUGAUGACCUGGUCGCAAGAACUCUGGCUCAGGGUCACUCAAUGGUAGCAGAGCAGCAAGAGUCAAAGCGGUGGGGUCAGGUGAGGGGUGUAGCGUUGAGCGCAGCCGUAAGCCCCUGGGACGCAAAUCUUCUUAAGGCGUGGGCCCGCUGUGUACGUUGCACCCGCUCGCGCCGCUUAGUACUCUUCGCUGCGCAUUGCCUUAGCGCACCCGCCCUGCACAACAAAUAUCAAGUGCAUACAGUUAUGCAGGUUGUAGUAAUAGUACCCCCGGACUCACCGAAAGCUUCAGAAAUAGCUCGACUGCUGGCAAAAAACGCCCUUCAGCGGGGACGCGACACAGGGUUUCCCGUGAUGCGAUUCGAUGUGACCACAGAAUCAAUAGAGAAAAGCCUUCAGGAUCUCAAACUUCAAAAAGAAUGGGAGUUUGCCUAUGAAGUACACCCAAAUGCUAUCAAGGAGUUUAUUCCAAGAGAAACUCUGAAUGAAGGGAAGACGGGACAGGCCAGCUCCAACGACGUGCGACGUAACCAAAUCACUGUCUACACCGCAUUUCCAUUACGAAAGUCAUAA